CGACAGCACACACACGCAACCUCCAAAAACCCAAGCACCCCAUACACACCCCACCCCAUAUAUCAUCACACACCAUCCAAAUAUCACACGCUCACACAUUAAAAUGGCCACUUCCGGUCUGUUCCUGCUCUCUAUCUUCUUGCUGAGCGCCACCCUUACUUCCGGCCAGCAGAUCAGGGAAAGCGAAAAGGAGAGGGAGGCGGUGCGAAGUGUGCGAUUAUUGGAUCGAUUCGAUAACCGAUACCCCGAUGGCAGCUACGAGUAUCGAUUCGAGUUGGACGACGGAACGGCGCGUUACGAGCGCGGAUAUUUCGCCAAGAUUAACGAGGUCAAGACCCUGAUGGUCGUGGGCUAUUACUCGUAUCGCAUGACCGACGGCCGAUACAUCACCGUAUUCUACAAUGCCGAUCAAUUUGGCUAUCGGCAAAAUCAGUCGAUCACGCCGCAAGUGUAUCCCAACCUGCCGCGCUCCAUCGAGGUGCCCAUGGCCAGGUCCGAUCCUGAGUCCACUGCCAGCUCCAGCUCCAGCUCUAGCUCCAAUUCCCAAUCUCAAUACCAAUCCCGGUCGGAGGUCCAUGGAAGCCCAAGCCCCUCCAUAACGACGACAACGCCCCGGGGGGCGGGGACGAAUCGCAGGGGCCGCUACUGAUACCCCGUAAUUGCACACCAUCCUCAUUAUUAUUAUUAUGGCUCCUUCCAUCGUUUUUUUUUUUUCACCCUUCCUUUUUUUUAAUUUUUGUGCCCCGACU